GUUCGCGAAACAGGAGUUUCGUGCUAGGGCUAGAAGGCAACAUUUAACGUCUGUCAUUUACCUGGCUAGGUACCUACCUAGGUAUUCAGAACUUUUAAAAUCAAGCGUUAUCUAAGCCUCAACAACAACCAUCUAUUUCCUAUCGAGCGCACCCUCUGCACCUACUAAGUCACUAUGGAUCCUGCCGACUUAGCACCUCGCUCCGAGGCAGAAAAGUUCCUCAACGACUCCUACGAUGAACGAUGGGAGAAGCUUCGGGAUGUUAUAGUGAGAUUGUACCUAGGAAAAUACGGCUCAAACGGGAAAUCGAUGACAAUACGCCAAGUUGCUGAGUUCAUGAAGUCUCACUAUAAUUUCUAUGCCGUUGUCAACCAGUAUCAAACACGAUUCCGUAAAUGGGAUGUUCGUAGAAGAAUUCUCUCUUCUGAGAAGGAUGAAAUUGUGAACCAUCUCGGGAAACGGAAGCACCCCGGAACGAGCACAUCGGAUGUGAAACUCAACCAUGGUGAACGGGAGAAACCACUGGAUACGAAACAGUUGAAGCGAUAUGCGAAAGACGCGAUACACCGCUAUAAGGUAGAAGCUAUGGUACCAAGAGCGCUCUCAUCGUGGAAUCUUCCUUAUGCAGCGUACGCAGCAUCCUUGCCUCAAUAUCCUGACGAACCAUCUCCAUUCGGAACAGCGGGCACAACUCCGAACUACUUGAAUAUCGAUAGUCCUGAAGCUGUGACACCAGGGGGACGAGCAGCUGGUCCAUCACCAAAUAUGCAGCUGAUCCGUCAGAAGGCCACCCAAACCCGGUCGAGUUUAUUCUUGCAAGGACGCUAUAAAGACCUCCUAAUCAAUUGUGGAAGAGAAGAUCGAAUUCAGUUGAUAAACUAUUUACAUGACUUUCAUAUCCACACCUUCGUCACAGCAAAGUACUGGGGCAAAGGACCUCGGGCUUGGACGGCAGAGAUGAUAGCUGCCCUAACGCUCAAUGGCUUGAGUGUUUUCAACCCCGCGACGCCCGUGGCGCUUAGCCCUGUCGGAAGCCCUAUGUCCGGGAUAUCGCCAUCCAUAUCUCACAAUAAACCAGAAAGAAUCGAAGCGCCGACGAUGCUUUGCCGAUGGUCGAUUCACGUACCUAACAUACAAUAUAUGGCUAUCAAGGAACCUGAAACAAGUGCGCAAGAUGAAUUCAUUUUGAAUGAUCCUUCAUCAUGGCCACAAUGGCGAGAAACGGAGCUGUCCAAUCAUUCGCUUCCAAAAUCGAUGUUACAGUCGAUCACUACCAACGCUUUCACUACCAGCCCGUCUCAAGACUUACCAAUCUCCAUGGAACUGGUUGAACAGUCCUUGAGCAAACAACCAGAGACGCUAGUUGCUGAAGCCUGGAAAUUUGCAAUUAUGGCAGGAAAUGCGGAGCUUUUGUAUCAACUUGGGGAGCAGGAUAAACCUCGCGAGAUCGACGAAAUAUACCCAUUCCAUCUCGCAGCUGCUUUCCUAGACGGUGGUCACGGCUGUUGCACGGUGAUCGACGAGCUUGCUUACAGCCUCGGUGGCGAUCAUGUCUUUAAACACAAUAUAAACGAUUUAGGACACACCAUACUGGAUUCCCUAAUGGUAUCUAUUCUUCGAUCACACACGAAGGUCAAACCGGAGAAAGUGAGCAUUGGGUUCAGUUCCCCGAAUAGAUACCCCGGAGAAGAAAGGGACAUUUGCGGUAGAUGGGAUGCUGACACGCCGGCUGUCCGAAAGCUCUUUCAGCAUGGUCACCCUCGCAUUCCUGGACCAUGGAAACACCCCUUCUGUCACACAUCUGUCCAGGCUAUUUGUCAUAGUGUGAUUGGUAUCUUUGGCUCACCCCUUUCCCCAGAUAUUAAUACUCUGAGCGGGCUGUUCCUCCGACGUUGUAGUUGCUGUGGGCUGGAGCUAAAGCUCGGCCCAUUGCACACUCUCGUCAUCGUGGCAUACUAUCUUGCACAUAGGGGAAUGCGAGGGGAGACCAUGUUCGGUCCCUUGGCGAUUCUCGUCUGUCUGCUUCGCCUAGGAGCUGAUGCUUCCUUAAGCGUAACAAUGUCAGUCGAGGAUAUUAUUGGUGAAGGGGAUCCAGAGACAUGCUACCAUAAGAAACUAGAUGCUUGCGAUCUGAUGCAAGAAAUUUCCCAAGGCGAGAUUAACCGAUGGCCCAUGGACUGUCAAAUAGGGUGGUCAUGCAUUCUUCAUACACUUUACUUGGCCAAGAGAGGCAAAAUCAGAAAGAAACAGGAAUUUGAAAGGAAUUUUGGGCAGUGGGUACACCAAACGCCUGAAGAAGAGUCUGAUGAGGAGCCAGAAGAAGCGGCAGACACGGGUUCAGAGCACAACAGAUGUACCUUGGAAACAGACACAGGUUAUAAGGGUGUGCACGGUAUCUGGUUGAAGCUACCCUGCGGGAAUCCAGAGCUUGGGCUUCUCUGGGCGACCAUCCAGGUAGAGCUCCUCACCUACCGCAGAGUCACAGAUAACGCACCUUGGGUCUCCGACAAUUUUUCAAUGGGUGCUCUCAAAAUCUGGCUGACUGGGGAAUCUGACGACUUUAGUAUUCCAUUGGUGGAAACAAAGAUGAUGAAGGAACACUCACCUUGCGGGUGGUUCCCAAAUUCCGACUUUGUCUGUCCUAUCGCUCAAGACGUGUGCGAGGGCUAUUUUAUGAACAUGGACAUAUACGACAGGGCAUCAAUGAUUGAGAGGGCUAGUUUUACUGAUUCUUGGGCCGAAAUAUACGUGGACCGGGAUGAUAGCCCAUAGACUAGUAAGACCUGAUAGAUGAGACCAUGACAUAGAGGCAUGGAUAAACAUGAUGGAUCUCGUUAUGCCUUGUGCUAGUGCUAGGUGUACCCUAAGUUGAGUCGCGUUAAAAAAAAAACAAAAUAAACGUGUUACUUAAUCAGGAUUCAUCUUCAGCUAAUUAUAU